AUGGCUCCAUACUUUGACUACGAGCUUACAGCAAUGCCAACUUCGCUAUUCAAGGACAAUUUUAUGCGAAAAUCUGUGAAAUCCCAACUAGCACAAGCCCUCGAGAAAGGUGUUCAGUCCUCUGGAGAAAACCCGCAAGCCAUGCAUGUUCUCGAUGGCGGAGCCCUUAUUCAUAAAGUGAAAUGGCAGAAGAAGGUUACAUACAAAGACAUAGCGGUGCAAUAUGUAAACUAUGUGCGUACAAGAUAUCGCGACUGUUGUAUUGUGUUUGAUGGUUACGGAUAGGGUCCGACAAUUAAAGAUCACGAGCACCAGCGAAGAAUUGGUAAAACGUGCGCUGAUAUUCAGCUUAGUGAAAAUAUAAAGGCUCACAGUGAUCAGCAGACCUUCCUCUCGAACGAGAAAAACAAAAGUCAGUUCAUCGCGUUGCUGAGUCGAUGCUUGGAAGCUGAUGGCCAGAUUGUGCAUAACAGCACGGGAGAUGCUGACGCAUUGAUAGUGGAAACUGCUCUUCAAUUUCCAAGACAGGAAAGAGAAGUAAAAGUUGUAGCAGAUGACACGGAUGUACUUAUCCUCUUGAUGUACCACUGGAACGCGAAUAUGGCUGAUAUAUAUUUCCAUUCAGAGGCAAAGAGAUCAAAGAAAGAUUUGAAGGUGUGGAAAGUUCAAGAUCUUGUUAACAAAGCUGGCAAAGUUGUAACAUCCCAUCUCCUGUUUAUCCACGCAUCGAGUGGAUGCGACACCACAUCUGCAACAUAUGGUCAUGGCAAAACCAGUCUUCUGAAGAAGAUAAAAGAUUCAGAAGAAUUGCAGCGGAUAUUUUUCUUGAUGACCGAUCAUGAGGCUACAGUAGAGCAUAUUGGCAAAGCAGGUAUUCGGUUAUACGUUCUCCUAUAUGGUGGCAGAGCAAAUGAUUCUUUGAACAGUCUACGGUACUCUAAAUACAUGGAGAUGGUAUCGACAAGCAAAGCAUCAAUUGAUCCACAGAAGCUUCCACCUACAGAAAGAGCAGCAUUUUUUCACAGUUUGCGGGUUCACUUGCAAGUUAUAACUUGGUUGAAGCUCACAAAUGAUUACCUGAAUCCGACACAAUGGGGUUGGAAACUUGCUGAUACAGUACUAACACCAGUUCUCACGGACUUGGAUGCAGCGCCAGAAUGCUUAUUGAAGUUUGUAAGAUGCAAAUGCAAACUAUCCUCUCGAAAUCCAUGUGGUAAUAACAGUUGCUCAUGUCGUAAACAUGGGCUGAAAUGUGUAACAGCCUGCGGAGACUGCAGAGGAGACAGUUGUCAAAAUGCUGAGGAGAUCACCCUUGACAACGAAGACAAUGUUAACAUUGAUGAAGAGUAA